AUGAUGUUUCGUCAGAUCUGCGUACGGGACGAAGAUGUGCACUUACAGCGGGUAUUAUGGAGCGCCACAGAGGACGAACUGGAGUCUCACUAUGUCCCCCUCACCAUGACGUACGGUGAGGCUAGCGCCCCAUAUUUAGCUUUGAUAACUCUCUUGCAACUGUGUAAGGACGAGGGCGUAGGCUUCCCCGAGGCCGUCGACGCUAUACGUCGAGAUUUGUACGUAGACAACUUUCUUACCGGUGGUGAUAGUAUGGAGGCAGCUCGAAUUUUCAGAGAUCAGAUAAUUCAGCUGCUCAUGGUGGGCGGUCUUCCGCUGAAGAAGCACGUAUCAAAUGAUCGAAGUUUGUUGGAAGAUUUGCCUUCGGACGACCUUCUCCGCACGGACUGGAUGCACUUUACUACCGACGGGCCCGUCAGUGAGCUGGGUAUCGCUUGGGAUCCUGAGGUGGAUUCAUUUCGAUUUGCUGCUCCCAAACCAGGCGAGUCUAAGACUCUAACCAAACGACGCGUUCUUGCGGAGAUGGCCGGCUUGUGGGAUCCGGUGAGCUGGCUAGCCCCAGUCACCGUCUCGGGAAAAAUGAUAAUUCAAGACUUGUGGAAAGCAAAGCUAUCUUGGGAUGAACCUUUACCGACCUCAUACGCAACCUGCUGGGCGAAAUUUCGAUCAAAUCUGGCCAACGUUGGCUCACUCGCUUUGCCGAGAUGGUUCCAGUCGGCCCCAAACAGCGGCUUGCAGUUGCACGCAUUUGCGGAUGCAAGUUGA